GAGGCCCUAGGCUCGCACGGGGACCGGGGACGGCAGAGGAGGAAGGAGAAGUGUGACCGAGGAUGCCUACUCCUCGGGGGCGCCUGACCCGGUUCCCCUCUUGGAUUUCCCUUUCAGGUUUCCCGCGUCGCCCGCCGUGACCUCUGCCCCACACACCCCCGCCCCGGGUCCUGGCCGGAGCCAGCCCGGAGAGGCCCCUCCUGGCGCGCUGCUCGGAGCGCGGCAGCGGCGCAGGGAGCGGGGCGAUUUUCCCGCCUGGACCCGGCGAUGCCAGAGGCGGGCCGGGCGGGGUGCCCAGCUCGCCUUUGUCGCCCGCGGGGUGGUGGGCUGGGAGCCGACGCGUGACUGACAGUCGGCGGGGGCGGCGGCCCUGAGCGGGUGGGGGGGGGGUGAGAGAGGAGCGCAGCCGCUCAUUGGCUGGCUCGAGUGUGGGAAAGAAUGCGGAGCCGGGUUCACACACCCCGCGGCGGCUCUGCCUUAAAUAGCCGGGCGGCUGGCGACGCGCGCGCGGGCCUGCGGCCUGGGACCCGCCUGGGAGGGAUACGGCGGGCGGCGCGCUCCGCCUGGCACCGGGAGGCGCGGGAGCGCAUCAUGCCUGCAGACACCCCGGGGAAGCCGCGAGCCUCGCCGCUGGCAGGAGCCCCGGCUAGCGCGAGCCGAACCCCAAACAAGCCCCGGAGUGCGGCCGAGCACCGGAAGUCCUCCAAGCCGGUCAUGGAGAAGCGGCGCCGAGCGCGCAUCAACGAGAGCCUCGCUCAGCUCAAGACCCUCAUCCUGGAUGCCCUCAGGAAAGAUAGCUCGCGCCACUCGAAGCUGGAGAAGGCGGACAUCCUGGAGAUGACCGUGAGGCACCUGCAGAGCCUGCGGCGCGUGCAGGUGACAGCCGCGCUUAGCGCAGACCCCACCGUCCUGGGCAAGUACCGCGCCGGCUUCAACGAGUGUCUGGCCGAGGUGAACCGCUUCCUGGCCGGCUGCGACGGCGUCCCGGCCGACGUGCGUUCUCGCCUGCUCUGCCACCUGGCGGCCUGCCUGGGCCAGCUGGGGCCCUCGCGCUGCCCAGCCCCACCGCCGGCCGCUGCGGAGGCCCCGGCGCCCGAGGUCUACGCUGGCCGCCCGCCGCUGCCUGCGUUCGACGGCUCCUUCCCCCUGCUGCGCCCCGGGGCAGCCUUCGCGCUGCCCCUCCUCCCGGGCCUGACUGGGGCGCCCCCCGCCGCCCCCGGAGCGGUCCUACAGGGCCAGGGCGCGCCCUGGAGGCCCUGGCUGCGGUGAGGCCGCGGCCUUUGCUGAGACUGUAGCCGAGAAUAUUUAUUUCUUGAGUUUUGUUUCCUUGUCUUUGCGAAGAGUCUAGUCUAGUAGCGUCUGCAGCCGAGGCAGCCCUGUGCUUCCUGUGGCCCCCAGCGGUGGUGGUGGUGGUGGGGG